CAGUGGGCUUCAUUCAUAAGACCGAGAGCUACGGCCACGGCGGGGACACGCGGAACCCGGACUGGGGACUUGAUUGUUGUGGUUCUUCUUCUUGGGAGCUGUGAUAUCCGGUUUAUUAUUCUUUUUCCGAAGAGAAAGUUUUUGGAAAGAUUCUUCUAGAUAAUUCUUCGUUUUGUUUUGGAGGAGCGAAUUACUUUUUCUUCUUUAUUGCCUCCCCUCCCCCGUGGGACCCGGCGGACGUGUGGAGGAGACCGCAGCCGAAGCAGAUUCUGUAAACCCGGACAGCACUUUCCGCCGCUGGGGGAGCGGCCCCCCACGCCUCUGGGUCCUCCAGAGCCUGGACUUUCGGGAGUCACAGCGGCAUCCUGUAGGGUUCUGGGCACCGCGAAGGAGCUGCACAGAAACUUUGCCUUGUUGGUUGGAGCGGGACGCGCUGCCCGCUCCCCGAGCUUCUCAGGACAGCGCACUUUGGGGACGCGCUUGGCUCACCCCGGACUCGCACCUUUCUUCUCCCACCCGGCUAUAGCCUUGGCUUCCCGGCGACCCCAGCGUGGUCACAGGGCCCCCCCUGUGCCCAGGGAAAUGUUCCAGGCUUUCCCCGGAGACUACGACUCAGGCUCCCGGUGCAGCUCCUCGCCCUCCGCCGAGUCUCAGUAUCUGUCUUCGGUGGACUCCUUUGGCAGUCCAUCCACCGCCGCCGCCUCCCAGGAGUGCGCCGGUCUCGGGGAAAUGCCCGGUUCCUUCGUGCCCACGGUCACCGCGAUCACAACCAGCCAGGACCUCCAGUGGCUCGUGCAACCCACCCUCAUCUCUUCCAUGGCCCAGUCCCAGGGGCAGCCACUGGCCUCCCAGCCCCCAGUCGUCGACCCCUAUGACAUGCCAGGAACCAGCUAUUCCACACCAGGCAUGAGCGGCUACAGCAGUGGCGGAGCUAGUGGUGGGCCUUCUACCAGCGGAACCGCCAGCAGACCUGGGCCUUCCCGCCCAGCCCGAGCCCGGCCCAGGAGACCCCCAGAGGAGACGCUCACACCCGAGGAGGAGGAGAAGAGAAGGGUUCGCCGAGAACGGAACAAGCUGGCGGCAGCCAAGUGUAGGAACCGUCGACGGGAGCUGACUGACCGACUGCAAGCGGAGACAGAUCAACUGGAGGAAGAAAAGGCAGAGCUGGAGUCGGAGAUCGCUGAGCUCCAAAAGGAGAAGGAGCGUCUGGAGUUUGUGCUGGUGGCCCACAAACCGGGCUGCAAGAUCCCUUUCGAAGAGGGGCCCGGGCCCGGCCCUGGCCCGCUGGCGGAGGUGAGAGAUUUGCCGGGGUCAGCAUCCGCUAAGGAAGAUGGUUUCGGCUGGCUGCUGCCGCCCCCGCCACCACCGCCCCUGCCCUUCCAGACCAGCCAAGACGCACCCCCCAACCUGACAGCUUCUCUCUUUACACACAGUGAAGUUCAAGUCCUCGGCGACCCUUUCCCCGUUGUUAACCCUUCGUACACUUCCUCGUUUGUCCUCACCUGCCCGGAGGUCUCCGCGUUCGCCGGCGCCCAACGCACCAGCGGCAGUGACCAGCCUUCCGACCCUCUGAACUCGCCCUCCCUUCUUGCUCUGUGAACUCUUUAGACACACAAAACAAACAUACACACAAGGGAGAGAGAUUUGGAAGAGAAGGAGGAAGAGAGAGGGGAACAGACAAGUGGGUGUGCGGCCUCCCUGCCUCUCCUGCCUGACCCUCUGCCGCCACUGCCAGCGGACAGAACCUCCUUGUGUUUUGUCCCGAGCCUAGUUUCUAUGCCCUGGCGAGACCGAGACUGGAGAGCUGGUGACUUUGGGGGCAGGGGGUGGGGAGGGGAAGGGCAUUCCAGGCUGCCUGUUUGUCCUCUCACCUCAACCCAGCCUCUGGGGA